AUGGAGAAGAAAACCGCAGAGGCAUAUGAUGCAGCUCUUCAUUACGUUAAACAUUAUCUCCUUCCAGAAUUUAGACCUACAGUUUUUUUAACGGAUUUUGAAGCAGCUUUGAGAAUAGAACUAAUCAGGCAUUUUCCAACAUCUGCAGCCCAUGGGUGUUGGUUUCAUAUUAACCAAACUGUUUUGAGUAAAAUGAAAAAAUUAGGUUUUUUGAAUUUAAUCAUCACCAAUGAAUCCUCUUUAAAAACAUUUAAGUUGAUUAUGGUAAUUCCUUUACUUCCAGCACAGCAAAUUGAAGAAUUGUUUAUCUAUGCAUAA